UGCCUUUAUUUGGCCUUCUUGGUGGAAUGUCUCUUAAAAUAGGCAUCAUAGAAGGCUGCAUUCGGGCAGUCAGUAGUGUGAGUUCUAGUUUGGCUCCAGUAAUUCAUUUCUCAUUGAACAACAAAGACCAAAAUCGAAAAUGCCGUUUAAUAAGCCCCCGGAAAUAUCGUUUCCUAUACACAAUAGCCACUUCAACAAGACUAUGGCCAAUGUUAAAGUGGCAUGUGUACUGGCCCUAACUGCUCCUCUCUUGUUGUACGCUUUCCGGAAUGUACCACAUAAGAGGAAGUAUAAGUACUUCUAUUCGCACUACGAUCCUUUGGAUGCCUUCGAUCGCAUGAUGAACGGAGGCUACUUGGAGUCAUGUCCUCCUGGCAGUGGAGGCAAGAAGGACAAAGACAAAGACAAGGACAAAAAGAAGAAGAAAUAAACAAACAAUAAUGCAUAUGUAACGAUUAAAUAGUGUAAUGGAUAGAAAGGUAUUAGAACACAUACAAUGUUAUUUAGUAAUAUAUGAAAAUCACACUGGAAAGGAAAUCAAACAAGGUUAGAAUUCUAAGAAAUUGAACUGGAGCAUUGCAAACAAUCUAUAAUCUAGGAUAAUCUUCAUAAAUGUUGCAGAUUUCCUUAAUUUUGGUCCAUCGAAUCCAAAAUUGCAAUACACAGCAAGAAUAAACGGAAAAUGGACGCAUCUGAAAACUGAUCUCAACUUAAAUCGCAGCAACCUACGCGAACUUUGCAAUAUUAUACUACACACUUAAAAAGAAUAAACGGUAAUGGACGCUUCUGCAAACUUAUAGAAGCAUAUCAACACACUUAAAAAAAUAUAAAAGGUAAUGGACGCUACCGCCCUCUUUGAGCUUACAUCGACAUCAUAAAAGGCUGUUUUGGAUAUCGAUGAUCAAAAUUUAAACCUACACAUUAACUUUUAACUAAACACUUUAACUAGACGCUUUACUAAUCUUGUUAACGCAGAUUGAACUCUCCACAAACUUCAAUUAUAAAUAAAUGUGACGCCGCCUGAA